AAGAUCUUCUUCUUCAUCUCUCCCAUUUAUACGUGAAGAUUCUUCGCAAUCUCACUACGAACUGCUAAAAUGGCUCAAAUACUCUCUCCAGUAUGCACAGACGCACUCAAAUUUCAGAAUCCAUGGCGACGACGUCUUUGUUCAACAAUUCUAACCAAUAGGAACAAGAACAACAUGAUCGGUACAUAUACAAAUCGAAGAAGAGCUCCUUCCAAGCUUAGAGUUGCCGUUGAAAACUUUCCUUUGUCAGAUGAAAUCGCCGAUGAUUAUUAUGCAGUUUUAGGACUGCUUCCAGAUGCAACACCAGAGCAAAUAAAAAAGGCCUAUUAUAAUUGCAUGAAAUCAUGCCAUCCUGAUUUGAGCGGUGACAAUCCAGAGACAACUAAUUUCUGUAUGUUCAUCAAUGAGGUCUAUGAGAUUCUUAGUGAUCCAGUGCAGCGAAUGAUUUAUGAUGAAAUUCAUGGGUAUGCGUUGACUGCAAUUAAUCCAUUCUUGGAUGAUUCAAGCACGAAGAAUAAUGUUUUUGUGGAUGAGUUUAGCUGCAUAGGGUGCAAAAACUGUGCCAAUGUAGACCCAGAGGUGUUCGGUAUUGAGGAAGACUAUGGAAGGGCCAGAGUUUAUUGUCAGAAUGGAAACCGUGACAACAUUCAACAGGCUAUUGAUAGUUGUCCAGUAGAUUGUAUACACUGGACUUCUGCUGCACAGCUAUCCUUGCUUGAAGAUGAAAUGCGCAGGGUAGAAAGAGUAAAUGUUGCGCUAAUGCUUUCCGGAAUGGGCUCAGGGGCACUGGAUGUGUUUAGAAUUGCUAGUUCCAGAUGGCAAAAGAGACAAGCUAAAGUGCUGGAGCAAGCUAAAACAAGGAUGAUGAAACAGAAAGGUUCUGACAAAAGUGAAUCAUAUUGGGACAACCUUUGGGCCAAUCCUACUAGAAACCGACAAGAUACUGAUGAGAAAGUGGAAGAGAGAUCGAGAAGGGCAGCUGCAGCUGCUCGAAGGUGGAGAGAAUACUCGAGAAAAGGAGUUGAUAAACGCCCUAGCUUCAGGCUACCAGAAGCCAUUCCCAACAAGGAGAAUUGAAUUGGUAAAUUCUGCUACAUGUAAUUAUUUAGAUAUAGUCAAAAAUAAAAUUUCAGAAUCUGUAAUAUAUGUAUAAAUAUUGUAAAAUUCACCAGUGUAAUUAAUUACAAUUGUUAUCAACAACAGGAUACAAUUGCCAAAAUGAUCAAGUAUAUAAUGCAAUUAUUUUA